AUGAACAGACGCAGCAAAGUAUGGACCUACUUUGACGAGAAUAAAGUAUGUGUUAUCCAAGGAUGUUCUUAUCGGAGUGCAGAUCAAACCUCAUCGACCAAGUGCAUGUGGGAUCAUUUGGCCAAAAAACAUGCUGAUGUUGCUCAAAAGUUAAAGAAGGAGGAAGAAGUGAUUGUCCCAAAGAAAGCAAAUAUGGUAAGAAAUGACUUAUAUUAGCUUAAUGUUGUUGUAUACGUUAAUGUAAUUAUAAAGCUCCUUGUUUGUUUUAUAAUGUCAUGACGUUUCAGAUAUCUGGAUACGUCGUUAAAAAAAACUUCGAAGAUCGUCAGAAAGAGCGUGACCAAUACUUAGUCAAGUUGGUUUUGACUUUACGAUCUCCUCUAUCCUCCUUCAACAACGCCCAAUUACAAUCAUUGGCUGAUGCUAAAUUCAUGGACACGAAAGCUUACGGAGUCAAACACUUCACGUAUACUGUAAUUCCAGGGAUGUUGAUGCAAUAUAAAGAUGAGGUUAAGAAGAUUUGCAAAGAUGGUUAUGUUUCAAUAACAUCUGAUGGUUGGUCUCUUAAGGAACAUUCAUUUCAAAGGUAUGGGAUUGUUAACAUUUGAUAAUAGUAAUGUUUAAAGUUAAACCAUUUUAAAUUUAUUUAAACAUUAUUGCUUACAUUUUUUGUUUUAGUGUAACCAUGCAUUUCGUGGACGAAGAGUUUGGCCGACACAACUACGUAAUUGGAUGCCGAGGAUACCAAAGUACAGAAUCAAAGACAUCUGAGAACAUUCUCAUCAAGAUUAACGAUUGUCUUGCUAGCUACGGAAUCAGCACGGAAAGAGUUGUGGCCCUUGUCAGAGACGACGCAGCGAACAUGAGCAAAACAGGGCGGUUAAUGCAAGUCUCAAGUUUUCAAUGUGGAGCUCACCUGCUGAACCUAUGUGUACAACAAGCCCUGGAAGACACGGAUGGAAUAGUAAACGUAAUAUUAAAGAAAGGGCGAGAAUUUGCCAAGAACUCUAAAAGAUCCAAAGAAAAUUUGAAGUUGUUUAAUGAAGCUCACAGUCGUGUUAAUCUGGCUCCGACAAAGAUACCAAAAGAAUGUGUGACUCGAUGGAACUCAACGUAUCUGAUGCUGAAGCAUAUAUAUGAGAAGUUCGAUGUCAUCACCAGAAUCCGAUACUGUCCCUUCAACCAGUCCGAACAUACUGCACUUAAGAUCGUUGUUAAAAUACUAGAAAAGUUCUAUGAAGUGACGUUGAUGUUUUCUGGAGACGAUGAAUGUUGUGCUACACUUCAACCACGCCAUUUUUGA